UUCCCAACUCUCUCUCUCUCUCUCUCUAUCUCUAUCUCUCUCGCACACAUUUCCUAGCAAAACACUAGGAAAUGGCAAGCCCUUCAAUGUUUCUGAUCGCCACUUUCCUCUUCUGUCUUCUCCUCCCAACCCUCAUUUCCUCUUCCCCUGUUCAAGACCCAGAGCUUGUUGUAGGAGAAGUACAAAGGAGCAUCAAUAAUGCGUCGAGGAGGAAUUUGGCUUAUUUGUCGUGUGGGAGCGGAAACCCGAUUGACGACUGCUGGCGGUGCGACCCCGAUUGGGAGAAGAACCGCCAGCGGCUAGCUGAUUGUGCAAUUGGGUUUGGGAAGAACGCCAUUGGUGGAAGGGAUGGGAAGAUUUACGUGGUGACAGACUCGAGCGACGAUGACGCGGUGAACCCGAAGCCGGGGACUCUCCGAUAUGCUGUGGUCCAAGAUGAGCCAUUGUGGAUCAUAUUUGCACGUGAUAUGGUGAUCAAAUUGAAGGAAGAGCUGAUUAUGAACUCUUUUAAGACCAUUGAUGGGAGGGGAGCUAGUGUGCAUAUUGCUGGUGGUCCAUGCAUUACUGUUCAGUUUGUGACCAACAUUAUAAUUCAUGGGCUUAACAUACAUGACUGCAAGCAAGGAGGGAAUGCUCUUGUGAGGAGCUCCCCAUCGCACUAUGGGUGGAGGACCGUAUCGGACGGUGAUGGUGUGUCCAUCUUUGGUGGUACACAUGUUUGGGUGGACCAUUGCUCCCUUUCAAACUGUGCUGAUGGCCUGAUUGAUGCAAUCCAUGGCUCCUCUGCCAUCACCAUUUCAAACAAUUACAUGACUCACCAUGAUAAGGUCAUGUUGUUGGGACAUAGUGAUUCCUACACUGAAGACAAGAACAUGCAAGUCACCAUCGCCUUCAAUCACUUUGGAGAAGGCCUCGUCCAACGAAUGCCAAGAUGUAGGCAUGGAUAUUUCCAUGUGGUGAACAAUGACUACACCCAUUGGGAAAUGUAUGCCAUUGGGGGGAGUGCUUCCCCAACCAUCAAUAGCCAAGGGAACAGAUUUGCUGCACCAGAUGAAAGAUUCAGCAAAGAGGUGACCAAACAUGAGGAUGCACCAGAAAGUGAAUGGAGGAACUGGAAUUGGAGGUCUGAUGGAGACCUGUUACUAAAUGGUGCUUUUUUCACACCAUCAGGGGCAGGGGCUUCAUCAAGCUAUGCUAGGGCUUCUAGCCUAAGUGCAAGGCCAUCUUCUCUUGUUGGGACAAUUACAGUCACUUCGGGUGCACUUAAUUGCAGAAAGGGUUCUCGUUGCUGAUUGUCAUUUCUCUCAAAACAACAUUAAUCAUUGCAAGUGAUUUUUGAAAUGUUGUUGGAGGAUAGAAUCUAUAGAAAUUUGAGCAGAGAUUGAAGGAGGGAAUUAAGUAAAAGAAGAAAAAAAAAGGCACAAGGAGUCAAAUCUCUAGAUUUACUUUUCUUGGCUUUUUAUUCCCUCUACAUUUUCUCUUUUUAUCCAUUUAUUUUCUACUUUUUUUUUCCUUUUUCUACUUUUGACCUGACUCUGUUGGUCACAAAUGUACAACCUCGGCCUGUUUCUCUUAGAAUCACUUGGGUAUUCUGUUUGGGAGUCUCAAUGAUCUUAGGGAAAACCAAGCGCAGAAGUGUUGCAAUAUAUAUACUAAAUUAUCUUUUUAUA